ACUUAAAAAAUAUAUUUUAAAAAUAGUUUCAAACAUAAUUUUUGAUUUUCAAAAAGAAAUUUUGAAAAACAAAUUCGAAAAAGAAAUUCAAUGAAAGAUGUAUUUUUAAAAUGUCUCUUUAGUGGUGGUAAAAAAAAAACCAAAAAUGGCCCUUCCAUGAAUAAUGGUACCAUAAAAGCUAGUAAACAUGAAAUUCUCCGAAAAAUAGUUGUGUAAUUUUACAAAGUUUUACUGACAAAAUAUAAAAAAAAUUAAAAUAAAUAUUAUAACUCAAAAUGAUAAUAUUUCAAAUUUAAAAAUAAAAUAAAAUCAUAGAUAAUAAAGAUAACUUCUUGAAAUGCACCAAGAAAAAACAAAUUAUAUAUGUUGUAAAAAAAGCAAUCUAAUAUUUUUUGAAAUCUUAACUAAAAAAAGAAAACUUGAUAACAUCCGAAAAUAUCCUAUAUCAAUAAAAUGUAUAAAAAAAUAUGAUAGAUGCUACUAUGUAUAAAAUUUACUAAAAUAAUAGGUCUAUACUCCAUAUGUUCGUUAUUAUAUGACGUUCUAUAGGCUGGCACAUAAAUUAAGAAACGUGAUGUAAUUUCUAAUUUUAACCUUUUCAGUUAGUGUUCAAUGUUAAAUUUGAUUAUGUAUCAAUACCAAUUGUAAGGGUAAACAAAGUCAUAUUUUGUUAUUAAAUGCUUGGGAAUCCGUAAACGUCAACUAUUUUGAUACAAAAAAAAUUACUCAAACGUCAUGUAUUACCAAACGGAGGGAGUAUUAUUUAAACAAAGAAGUGUUUUUACUUAUAAAUUCAGUAAAAUACUAAAAUGAUAGAUGUUAAAAUUAUAUUUUUUAAACACAAGAUGUAAAUAUAAAUUAUCUUAAACAUAUAUCUUUUCUAUAAUAUAAAUACAUUUAAAAAUGUGUUAUAUGAAAAAUUUAUAAAUUAAAAAAAAUAUAUUUUGAAGGAAGUUAUCUAUUUGAUUAUUACAUAUUUUAUUUUAUUGUACCUAACAUGAAAAUACAUUAGUAAGUAAAAAAAUUAAUAACAAAAUAAAAUGUAUUAAACAAAUCACUAUAUAUUAAUAAUGUCGAAUAAGAAAUAUAAACAAUAAUUUUUUGGAUAUUACUAAACCCCCGUAUGAUCCCCUCUCACCAUCUUGCUUUUGCUUUUGCCAAUUUAUUCAGUAGGAAAAAAUAUAGAUGCAUAUGACACGACUAAAAUACAUGCGUCAUUCUUAUUUAUUAAAAAAUGAAAUAUGACAAAUUAUUAUGUAGUAAUACAAUACACACAAGAAAUGCUUCAAUACAGGAGAAAUCAACUACGUACCUGACAUACAUUGAAAGAUAACACUCAAACUGAAAAUAAUCCUCACGGCUUAUGCGUUUGUUUGGACCACUUAUCUUGAUGAGCAACUCCGGUUUGUAAGAAGUAAUGACAUGUGUUAUUGUCAAUCCAAGCAAUAUUCCAGGUUUAUAGCUUUCUUCCACAUUACACGAAAAUUAUUUUUAAAGAUUUGCAAAAUGUUAUCAGAAUUGGACUUAUGCCCAUAUAAACAACAACGUUAUAAAAAGAAAAAAAAAACGUUAUAGUAAUAUACAACUAAUUCUUUUUACCAUAAACUAUGUACGAACAUUAUUAUUAUACAUUCGAGAUAUGACGUUGAGAGAUCUACAAAGCAGAUAUGAUAUGUACUACUGUUCAGUCUUUAAAAGUCCAUUGACCAAAACCAUUGGACGUAAUCAUCAGCGUUCCCCUAAGGCCCUAAGAGCAUCAUUAUCGGGCUUCUUAGCCCGAUUCUUAUUUUUACUUUGGGCCAAAUUUAAAUAAAAAAAGGAGUUAAUUAAUGGAAUCGAUUUUUACCUAAGAAGUUUUUGGUAGUGUUGCUUGUGUCACGUGGCGAGUUGUGAUAGGAGAUAGGAGACAGCGAAGACGAUGGCGAUGUUAGAGACCAUGAGCAAAUGCUUCUCCUCCUCAUCAUCAUCCUUUUCGUCUGCAAGCCAUGGCGCUUCCUUCUCUGUUCCUGAUCCUCCCCUUUCUCUACCUUCAAGGUGGGGGAUUUGCAGAGACCGCUUGUAUCUCAUGAUGAGAAUCUGAUCCAAGGCCAAAGCAGUGAGGUCUCAAGGGAAUUUGAUUUAGAAGAAGCUUGUUUCCAAAACGAAGGCCUGUUGCGUUCUUCUCUCACUGAGGGACGAGGGGUUUACAAACCAAGGCUUCCUUCUUCUUCUUCUUCUCCCCAUCUCGCCCAAGGUAAAGUCUUUCAGCAUCCCUCUUCCCUAUCCAGUCGGCAUUCUUGAGCUUAUCCAUCGGGUCCUUAAAAUUUAUGAAGGUGAAAGCUUUGAUCUACAAAUAAUCUCUGAACCUUCUGACAAUGCUUUGGUGGGGGAGACGCUUAAGCAUCCAGCUGAUAAAGUUAGCUCCCAAGAGGUGCAAACCUAUGGCUCGCAGCAACCUGAUUUGGAAAAGGAUAUACUUUCCCAGCUUUCUCCAAGAGUUGUUGUUAAAGAUCAAAGUAAUUUCCUUUUAUUUUGUUUUCCUAAGUUUAUAAAUAAUACAACUUCAAUCUAUAUCUUUAAUUAGUCGUGCAAGAUAUAUAACAUAUCUUGUGUUAGAUAUACACCUAAGCAUUGUAUAUCUAAAUGGUCUCUGUAAGUUUUAUCUGAAUGGUCUCUGUAAGUUUUAUCUGAAUGGUUGAACUUGAAGGUGUUGCUGAUAAAUUCUUAAGUAUGUGGAUGAACUAAGAUUCCAUUGAUAAUGUUGUAUUUUACUUAAGUAUCUUAGAAAACUUCUUAGACUAAAAAUAGUAAUUAAAAAUUCUAAGAUGUUUGCUAAGAGUUGCCAUUGAUAAUGUUGCUCUAACCGACCAAACUCUUAACGAUGCCUUAUCUUUCUCCACGAUCAUGUGACCCUCAUUUUCAUGUGCUCUCUGUUUUAAUUUUGGUAAAUAAUGUACUCUCCUUUUAUUUGAGUGUAAUACAAUGCCUUUCUAAAAGAAACUAAGUUCUACGUUUUUUACAUCCAAACACAUCUAUGAGAGCUAGCCGAUAAUGUAAAAAAUGAUGCAUAAUGACUUGACAACACAAAUCAUAAGCAAACAAGUAUACUUCUGCUUAAAACAAAAGGUAUACUUCUCAUUUUUCUUUAAUCACAUUAUAGAAACACAUCUAAUGAUAGUUUUUUACCAUGAAAUUCUUAAGUUACAAAUUAGUGCAUAUAUGUUACUUUCUCCGUUCCAUAAAGAUAGAUUUUUUAGUAUUUUCACACAUAUUAAGAAAAUACAUUAAAUAAUCAUAAUAAAUGUAUCAUUUUUUGUAAUUUUCAAUUUUCAAUAACUUUUAACUAAUAGUAAUUCAAUUAAGUCAAUUAAUUUUUGUGAAGUUCACAAUUUUUUCAUAAAAAACACCAAAAAAAAACAUCUUUUUGAAACAAAUUUUUUUUAAAAAAGUCUAUCAUUAAAGAACGGAGGGAGUACUAUUUAGUUAAGAAUAUACUAACAUUCUUUGAAAUGCAACCAAUAAUAUGUUAAAUGAGAUAUUUUUGGUUGAGUUUCCAAAAUUUUUAGUACACUAUUAUAUAUACACAUUAAUAUAUAACUUUAGAAUUUCAUGGUAAAAAACUAUCACUGAGGUUGCUCUGAACAUCUACCUACAUUCACAAGGUGCCGAGGGUGACGUGGUACAAAGCUCAUAUUAAAUAUUAUAUAGUAUAAUAAUGUUUUGGCUAAAAACAUACUCUUACUAUAUUUUCAAUCGACAUUGGAUCCUUUUGGAUUUCAGUGUUGGGGUCUGUUGAAAGAAUUAAAAGGCAGAGGAAAGAUAAAGAGAAACCGUUUUGAUAUAUAAAUAGUUUUUACGUUGUAAGUGCGUUGUUAUAACAUUUAGAUAUAACAUUUUUUGUUAAAUAAGUCGUAUACUCCAAAAACAAAACAUUUUUUGUUAAAUAAAAUAUUGGAACAUAUAUAUCAUUACAAUAAAAAGAAUGUUACGUGCAGUCCCCUUUCGUCCACUAGGGCAAAAGACGGGUUCACUUGUUUUUUCUCGAUCUAUCAUUUUCUUAAAAAAAGUCCUAUACUUUAUAGUCUUUUUUCUUUCUUUCGUUCUUCUAAGUUCUAAAGCUAGUAGAAUAGUCUGUUAUUCUGUUUCUACAUGUCGAAAAAUAAAACGAAAAAUUAACUGUUACACAUUUCAUAAGACUGAAUCUUGACUCGCAAAUUGCAUUAAAUUUUUUUUAAGAAAUAUAUUCGGUUGAAACUUGAAACAUUAUUGUAUCAGUUCAGAAAAAAAACAUUAUUUGUGAGUCAGAAAUCGGAUAUUGAUAAAAGGAAGCAGAGCACAGUUUUACUUGUCAGAGUUAGCGUGCCCGAUUUAUAAUAACUAUACACACAUUUAAAAUCGUAGCUACUUCCUACUACUAAACGAUUUUAAAGUUAAACCACUGAUUCGAGUUUUUAUCCACUAGAUAUAAAGAAGAAGGUAAACAAAACAUCGCUGAGCUCGAUUGAAAACAGUGAGACAAAUCCUGGGCUGAGUAGUGGAGACGGUGGUGCUGAUUCAGAGAGUGGGACAUUGGGGACAGGACAUUCUGAGGGUUUCAGAUUUGCACUAAGUAAGAAGAAAUAAGAAAACAGCUCAUCUUCUUUUGAUUCUCUCUGUUUUUUUUUACUUCUUUCGUUGGAUUGCUGUUUUGUGUUUUGUCUGAUUUUCUCUGUGAACUAGAGUUCUCUGUCUAUAAACAAGCAGCAAUUUAGCAUUCGACCAAAAAAAAUAUACAACCAGCAAUUUAGCUUACACUUGUUUUCCACUGUUUUUUUUCUCUCUCCAAUAAUUACAUCGAAUUGAUCCUAAAGAAGGUUUCUAUCUCCCCCAAAGGGUUUUGUUUCUUCUUCCUGUGAUGCUUUCUGAACCUGAUAAAAGAUUCGGUAGGAAAACAGAACAGAGACUUUGAUAAUAAAGAAAGAUGCAACGUGUCAGAUUUAUAAGCAAGUGGAGCCUCAUCUCUCCUUUUAUUUUAUUUUUUUGGGGGCUGUUUUGCUCUUUCAUGUUUCCCUUUAAUCACUUCAAAGUUACCAACUUAAGAAGCAAACUAGGUAUCUUCUCAUUCAGUGCAUGUCUUAAGGCUCUGUUUUAUACAGUUUCACAGCUUAUGCUUCAACAACACUCUGCUUGUUUAUACUUUUUGCAUCCAAUAAGGAUCUAAGACUACUUUUUUUUUGAAGUCUUUAAUGCCCUUGUGGUGACUACAAUCAGAUUUGAUUUGCGAGAAGAAGAGAGCAGACCAAUCUUCAGAAACCUCUUGUGUUUCUAAAAAGGAGAAAUGAAGUUUAUGAAACUUGGAACCAAACCGGAUUCAUUUCAGUCUGGUGAAGAUUGCAUAAGGUAUGUAGCAUCUGAUUUAGCAACCGAUGUAGUUGUCAACGUUGGAGAUGUGAAAUUCUAUCUUCACAAGUUUCCUCUGCUCUCAAAAAGCGCUCGUCUUCAAAAACUGAUAGCUGCAACGGUCGACGAGCAAUCAGACGCUGCUGAAAUAAACAUACCCGAUAUUCCAGGAGGCCCUCCAGCGUUCGAGAUAUGCGCCAAGUUCUGUUACGGUAUGACCGUAACACUCAACGCUUACAACGUUGUAGCUGCUCGUUGCGCUGCUGAGUAUCUCGAAAUGUACGAAUCUAUCGAAAGCGGCAACCUUGUUUACAAGAUCGAGUUUUUCUUGAACUCGAGUGUUUUGAGAAGCUGGAAAGACUCCAUCAUCGUUCUCCAGACGACAAGAACGGUACGUCCCUGGUCCGAAGAUGCGAAGAAGAUCGAUGAAAGAUGUUUGGAAUCAAUCGCUUUGAAAGCUACAGUGGAGCCAGCGAGAGUAGAUUGGUCUUAUACGUAUAACAGAAGAAAGGUUAGCAACGACAAUGGUGUGGCUAGAGAUUGGUGGGUGGAGGAUCUCGCCGAGCUAAGCAUUGAUUUAUACAAAAGAGUUGUUUCUACGAUCAGAAGCAAAGGCGGUGUUUCGCCUGAGGUUAUAGGAGAAGCUCUUGAGGUAUAUGCUGCCAAGAGACUCCAAAUAGAUGAUGAUGAUGACGUGGACGAACAGAGGUGUUUGUUGGAGACAUUGGUCUCGUUGUUGCCUAGUGAGAAACAGAGUGUUUCUUGUGGGUUCUUGGUUAAGCUGUUGAAAUCAUCGGUUUCUCUGGAAGACGUGAGGAGAAAGUUAAGUAGGAGAAUAGGGGAGAAGCUAGAGGAAGCAAGUGUGGAUGAUCUCUUGAUCAGAGAUUCUUCAGAAGGAUGUGAAACGGUCUAUGACAUUGACAUUGUUGAGACUUUAAUCGAUGAGUUUAUAAUUACACAAACAUGUAAAAGAGACGAGCUUGAUUGUUCUGUUUCAGACAGCUCUAAAACAAUUGUCGCCAAGCUAAUUGAUGGUUACUUAGCUGAGAUCUCGAGAAUCGAACCAAAUUUCUCUACUUCAAAGUUCAUUGCAAUAGCAGAGAAGGUUUCUUGCUUCCCAAGAUCGUCACACGAUGGAGUUUAUCGUGCCAUUGACAUGUUCUUGAAGCAACAUCCAGGAAUAUCAAAGAGUGAGAAGAAAUCGAUAUGUCGAUUAAUGGACUGCCGGAAACUAUCACCGGAGGCAUGUGCUCACGCUGUGAAAAACGAGCGGUUACCUUUACGUGUCGUUGUGCAGAUACUCUUCUUCGAGCAGGUUCGCGCCACCGCGAAACCUUCUCUUCCAGCGAGCGGCUCUCACGGGAGCUCGAGGACGACGACGGAAGAAGAAGAGUGUGACUCAGUAACAGCCACGGAGGAGACGACGAGAGACAAGACAAGUAGUUCUGAGAAGACCAAGGCUAAAGGAGUUGUGAUGUCCAGAAUUUUCUCGAAGCUUUGGGCUGGUAAAGACAGAGAUGGUGUCGGAGAUGUUAGUAGCUCGGAUACUAGUGAAAGUCCUGGUUCAGCCACCACCACCGUCGAUGAUAAAUCGACACCGUCCACUCGCCGGAGAAGAUCAUCCUCUUGACUUUAGACUAUUUUUGGGUUAUUGUUUCUUUCUUGAUUAGGACUCUAUAGUUUAAGCUUAACUUGCUUUAGAUCAAAGUUGGGGUUAAUCAUAUAAGUUUUGUUUUGGUGAUAAUACGCAUAACCCUAAGUUUUUGGUUACAAUUUUGAGAAACCUAAAUUCUAUUGUUUCCUUAGUUAUCUCUUCUCUAGAA